AUGCAUUUGACCCAUAAUGAGCAAAUCACAACUCUGGAAGAUGUCCGGAGACACCUUGAGUUAGAGGAGGAACGACUUGAGGCUGCAAAGCCAAUAGCUGAGUUACACAUGGCAACAACCUCCAAAACCAAGAGCGAUUCAAAGAAAGGGAAAUGGGGAAAGAAGAGAGGGCCACCUCAAGUUCAGCCUGCUAAAAGAGCAAAGACUGAAAAAGUCAAGAACAGACGUCCCAAACGUGUGAAAGUUGAUAAAGUGAAAUGCUAUAAUUGUGACAAGAAGGGUCACUAUGUUAGAGAUUGCUUUGAGCCUCCUAGAAAGGUAUUUCACGAUGCACGAAUUAGUGAACUUUGUGUUUCUAGUUCUGUUUUUCUAACUGAAUCUAAUCCUUUGUGGAUUGUAGACUCAGGAGCAACGGACCACAUAGCCUGGGAACGCAAUGCCUUUGUUGAAUUUCGGCGAGUUCCACGUGUAGCAAAGUGGAUAUAUGUAGGUAACAACAAUAAAGUUAGUGUUGAAGGGAUCAGUACAUGCAAGUUAGUCCUGCGUGGUAGUCGAGACCUAAUACUACACGAGGUUCUCUUUGCACCAACCAUUUGCUAG